AGGAAGGUGGCAGAAGGGAGGGAUUAGUUGACCACAGGCUGCUUCGACGCUAAAAUGUGUUCAUUUUUGAAGCGUGGCGGACCUCUAAUGGGAGGCUGAUAACUAUACCGAAAAAAGCAUGGUUCAAAGUGGCGUGGAUCACUGAAGAUGAGGGAGCCGCUCUGGGUUUUCACUGUGAUUCUCUCCUUGGUGUGGGAAACGUGGAGUAAGGACGCAGUCAACUACACAUCCUUCAAUGUGGGGAGUGACGUCAAGCUGAAGUGCAGUGACAAGUCAUGGCAGGAGCUGAUCUACGUCAUCUGGACUGUGGCCCUGAUACACAAACAGUGCCGGAUCGCCAACAGCAUCAGUGGCGGACUCCAAAACAACUGCAACGAUGGCAAGACCCUGCGGAACACAUCGAUGGCUCAGCCAUACCUGCACAUCCCAGACUUCUCCAGUCGUGACGUGGGAUUGUAUAAGUGUGAGCUGGUUUAUAGCGGAGGGUCCACAACCUGUAACAUCAGCGUGUCGAUCACAGUUCCUCCCAGAAUCUCCAGCUGGUUGGAGUGGGGGGACGACAACAGCAUGGUGGCUGUGUGCAAAGCCGAGGAAGGAAAGCCGGCCGCCACCAUCACGUGGAGUCACAUGGGCAACUUCUCUUCCGUGGAGAAGCAGCAGAGCUCCAAUGGCUUCUUCUCAGUGGAAAGUCGCCUGAAGCUCCCUGAGGGCGCGAGGACCGUGGAGAAUGUGACCUGCAUCAUCAGGCACCUGUACUGGCAAUCAGAGAAAAAGCUGCGCCCAAAGCCCCCAAAAGGUCUUCCUUAUAAUGUGAUGUGCAUCCUUAUAGUUGUGGCGAUCUUAAUGGUUCUGGCUGGAUUCCUAAUCUUUGCUCACAAGAAAAAAAUCAUGCCGAGGUGUCUGCCUGGCAGCCGCUCAACACUGAAGCCACAGCCGGAGGUUGGAGAGGAGGUAGAACCUUACGCCACCUAUGUUCAACGUGUCAACUCAAUCUAUAACUCCAACACAUGCGUCACUUGACGGCCUGUUGUGCUACAUUAGCAACUGUACAUGUACCAUGCCUGUACUAGGUAGGUCAUUUCAGGUAGGUUGAGAACACUAAAACAUAGAAAGUGUAAAGACACAUUAUGCAAGAUACUAAUUGGAAACGACAGCAACUUUCCACAGAAGAAAUGUGACUAAUCUGUUUGUCGCCACAUUUCAGUAAGGACUCAUCUGAUUUAAUAAAAAGCUAAUAUGUCAUCAUCAUUCAUGUCAUGCGCUAAUACCACAUGUACUUCCUGUUUUGGAAGUAUGAAGUGUCUCGCCAAAUAAAUAUUGUCAGUUUCCAUUGACUCAUAACUUGGUUUUGUAUUUUCAAACCCCUCAAAAACACGAUACACAUUCCAUUUCUGAAUAGUGUUGCAGUGCACACGAGCCGGGUUGCCAGCUCCAUGAAAAAGAAAUAAUGUAGAGCCUUUUUUAGUUGUGAAAUGAUUUUUAUACUUUUGGACUCUAACCUGAAUUUAGAUGCAUGUUGGAGGAAUACAUGGGAAACAAACUGUUCAAUCAUUUACAACGUUUUGUGUUGUUGGUUUUAAUUUUUAACCCAUUUUAAUUUUGGGAGAAUCCCGACAAGCGACGCAUGAUACGUCGUUGUGGUAACCGCAUCCAAAUGGCUAUUGAUAUCAAAGACCCCUCCUUUUUGAGCUGAGGUGGGUAGGGACAGUAUCCGUGGAAGCCAAACAUUGGGAGACAUUUUGAGAGAGACCAUGAGAAGACAGGAUGUCUUUCUUUCCGGGGGCGACCUCUCCGGAAUUUAUCUUUUUGCUUCAAUUGAUCACACUAAAAUAAAUGUAAGGCGGUGAAUCUGACAUUUACAGCCGCCUAUGUAUGUAAAGUAUGUAUGUAUCCAUCUACCUAAGUACUGUGGCGAUGUACAUAUGUAUCUUUAUGUACAGUAUACUGGGUACAGGUACAAAGGGGGUACGUGAGUAAACGUGAAAACUAAUUUGCGUGUAACACUUACAAGGAGAACGGAGCAGAAAGGAGACGAGAGCAUGAAGUUGUCCAUUGCUCUGUGUGCAGUAUAUGAACAAAUCAGUAAGUUUGAUGGUUAUUUUGUGCAUUAAGAGUGUUUCAUCUCGAAUAUUCCAUUUAUAUUGGGCAGUGGCGGUUCUAGCUGUGGGCCACGUGGGCAAUUACCCAGGGCGGCAUUCUCUAGGGGGCCCCGCGAGGGGGGAAAAAAGAAAAAUCCCAUUUACUAAUGCUCAGCGCUCAUCAUAUCCUCAUCAAGUCAGCGCAUAUGUGUGGCAGAUGGGCGCCCUCUACAGGCCAGAUACUCGCGCCCCCGCUGAUCUGUAUAAUAUAUGUGGAUAGCUCAUUGGCGAUGACUUGUGAAGGCAAACGGCCGCCAUAUUGCUACUCUCAAGAAACACUUCUCGGCAAGCUUUUGCAUUCGUGGUGAACUUCUUUUAUUAAUUCGGAUUGGACACAAAUUUUGCCUUAAGAUGCCUGCAUGUGCAGCUAUUAACUGCACAAAUCGCCAGUUCAAAGGCUGUGGACGAACAUUUCACCUGUAAGUAUGAUUGAAAUGUAGAUUUAUGAUUGAUAAUUUAAGGGUUUUGCACUGUCGAGCUCACAGAUAUUUUCGAUCGUGUAAAAUUCCUCUGAUUAAAUGUAUGUCCAGAAUUGAUACGUUUAUAUAGCUCUAUAAUAGCUAAGAGGAAAUGUACGUACUUUUCUGUUAUAUCAUGAUAUAUGUAUUUCUUUAAGGGACGAAGGUUGCGUCACUUGAAGGAAUGGGAGAAUCUCAGUGCUUCCAUGAUGCUUACCAGGCAUUGUAUACAGUGCAGUUAGCAAGCCAGUUUGCAUACAGUUGGCCCUGCAUGACCCUUCAUUUGGAUAAACAACAUUUUUUUUUUGCUGCUGAAUGACUGACGUAAAAGGAUUCAUUCAUAUGAUAUGUUCUGGAAAAUAAUAUUAGUGAACAUGCAUACCGGUAUGUUUGAGAUUGCAAACAACGUAUUGUCUUACCCAAAGCAUAUGGUUUUGUUUCAGUGUUGUUGUUUUUUUGUGUGUGUGUGUUUAUGGUUAUUACACAUUAUGGUUAUCACAUAUUAUUCCUGUGGUU